UGUUUAUGAUCGCUGGCCCUGGAAACGGGAUCACGUGAUCUAGUGUCAGUGUCUUUCAAAAUGGAUUUGUUUGCGAACUCUUCACUGCAUGAGUCCGUCUUUUCGCCGGGUCUUGCGAUUCUACGACUAACUCUAACUACGACUACGGUAUAGAUGAUAGAUUUACUUCUGAAUGUGAAAUUGCUCCACAGUAGGCAGUUUGAUAUUAACCCAGCUGAUGUAACUAUCAACAAUAUGGCACUUGGACUCGGAGGACCAAUACCACCCGAUCAAGUUCUUUUCACCCAGCAGCCUUCAAUCAAUGACAUUAGGCCAGGUGGUCGACUAGCAACAGAAGGAAGGAAGAUAGCCGCGCGGCACAAAGGCGGAGUGUUAGGAAACCUCCUCCUUGAAUUGCAAGGAGCCUCAACCCAUCCCGACACCCGAAAUAACAAAUUUAAUCCGAAGCCGAAACCGAAGGACCAGCUGAAGGAGAAUGUGUGGCGGAUGCGGCAGAUCCAGCAGGAGUCGCUGCGGCGGCAGGCGGAGGCGAACAAACCAGUGAAGGCCCUCUGGAAGUCACAGAAGUACAACGACGUUCCGCCGCGGGUCGGAGACUACGAGAAGGAGCCGCCGUCGGUCCCGCGUUCCGAGUCGGCUAGGAACUACCUCCGCGCUCAUUCGCGACCCGGCACGCCCGACCCCGUGCGACCGAGGUGGGCGUCCCCUCAUCCGGCGGAAACGGAUCAACGCAAACGUGAGAACGGACUCGCUCCUCGUAGUAACCGUGGCAAUGACGAACCAAUCGCGGCUCAGAAGCCGACUCGGCAGCCAAGCCUUCAACGAUGCGUAUCUGUGGAACGUCUGGCGCUGAAUGGACCCAAAACUACCACAGACGACAAGCCGCAGUGUGCUGACGCGGAGGAGACGAUGCUAGUGCAGAAGUACGCAGAGGCGGAAGAGCUUCCUGCAGUCGUGACGUUCAAGAACCCGGGGCCAGCGGAUGCGUGCAGCGUGGGCCUGACGAGUCGUGCUCACACAUCACCGUGUCUUGCAGCGGAGAGCCAGCUGCUGACGGAGCUUCACGCGCUUCCCGUCCGCUCGGACACGCUGCGCGCGCGGCAGCAGCACGUCGACAUAGAGAGGAAGCUCGUAGAGAUAGAGGAAGCCAUCAAGAUCUUCUCCCGCUCGAAGGUCUUCAUCAAGAUCGACGAGUGACGGACGUGUGUGCGUUUGUGAGCGAGUGACCUUUACCCUCUGACAUUUACACUCUGACCUUUACACUCUGACCUUUACACACUCUGACUUGUUUAUGCUGACCUUUUCAAUCUGACCUCUUCGUGCUGACCUUUCACCUCUGACUUUUGUCCUCUGACCUCUUCAUACUGACCUUUCCACUCUGACCUUAUAUGCUGUCUUUUACACUGACCUUUUUACACGCUGACCGUUCACCUCUGAUCUUUCUACUCUGACCUUCUACAAAACGUUUAGUGUACUUUCCUUCGAGUGGUUAAUCGUACUUUCAUAAGUUCGUCUGAUCCGGGUUCAUGCACUCGUGCAAAUGCAUACAAUAUCAAAUGUUUUUUCCGUAAGGUUAAUUGCUUUGCAAAAGUCGUCUAAAGAGUGUGAAAAAUCGAAUUUGUCGUUCCAUGUCCAGUGCAAUUGUACGCGAUCAUAUAAAUCGACGGAGCUCGCAGUAGUUAGAUGCCGAUUCUUCGAGGCGACUUUCGGUGGAUUGUCUGCUUACGGGUAACCCUGCUUUAAAGCCUACCGAACACGAGGGGAAUCAGCUCGGACAAAAGUUACUCGUGGCCAAUUAUUCCUCACAGUGUUGAGUCGUUUCUUUCUGUGUGCGGGGAAAUUUGUGUGAGGUUUUAGUCAUUCGUACCGUUGAGACAAAUAUCCAACGUGCUUGAUAUUUUUGGUCACGCGUGGCGUAAAACUCGCCGUGUGCGGUGAACUGAGCUGUUUCCUCGCUCGCGAUACCAAUGAGCAUGCGUCUGCAUCGUGCGCAUGCGCAAUGCACAUUUUGCUCGGUCACGUGAUCUAUGAUGGGUUAUUGUUGAUGAGUUGUGGGGAGAGUGCUGAGCUGAUUCCUCUCGUGUGCGGUCUACGAACCGCGAGAGGAAAUGGCUCAACGGUGUGAGGAAUUGGCCACGAGUAACUUUUGUCUGAGCUGGUUCCCCUCGUGUGCGGUAGGCUCCAUCCGUCUGUAUUGCGCUUGACCAGUGGUGGUCAAGAAACACCAUAUCUUCUUUAGAUACCAGUGAGUUUGUAUGCGUAGCGUUAGUAUCGACCGAAGUGAAUCGGGGGAUCCGGUUAUUCAACGUCGUAAAUGCGUCAAAACAUCGAUAUCAAAACACGAGAGCUUGAUUUCUAACGAGAAUUUUAUAAUUCGUGUGCUUUUUCCGUAGCAGUAGAAUUUACAGCGUGUCCAUCCAUUGCUACUAAUGCUGGGUUGUUAUUAUGAGAUCCCGCGCACGCAUGUAUGUAUGUAUAUAGUGAGGUUUUCGCGCUCAUUGUUCUAUGUGGCCUUGUCUUUCGUAAAGGUGGGAUCCGCUGGCUUUAUCAGUUAUGACCGUGACGAAUUUAAAAUGUCAUAUCUGUUGCACGUCAAUUAACUUCAAAGGGAACAUGGCAUUUUAGAUUCAUAUGGUGUUGUCAGGAGUGUAUAAUAUAUAUAUAUUCUAUAUCGAUUCUAUAGAGAUCUAUAUUAUACAUUCUUGAUGUCGUUCCAACUUGCGGUGUUUUUCAACAGCAUGCUUGUAGACGUGAUCACGCUUAUUCGUAUUGCCUUAGAUCACACGUUGAUCACGCUUAUUCGUAUUGCCAUUGAUCACUCGUCGAUCACUGCCGCCUCGUAACCUCGUAAAUAUUAGUCUUCAAAGUCCGAGGGACUAUAUCGAAGACGGAGAGAUAUAAAGUUGACGCUACGUUGUGGUUAUUAAUUAAUUGCUAAUUAUUAUUGUAAUUAACGUUGCGAAGAGCGGGUUAAUGAGGAUCGAGAUGAGCUUGAGCUUACAGGUGUACUGCAAGGCGAUGUGCGUGUGUAUCUGUCUAAAAUGCGCCAGCUUCUACCUCUACUGGGUGGAGAAUAACAGGGAAGUCAUAUCGUAAGUGAGCCACGCGCAUGUACGGUCAGAUUACGUGAAUAAAGUGCCUUUAUGGGAGUUGAUGGUGGGUGGAAGACGAUCAAUAGCAUCGAUGUUUAAUGAUCAGAAGGCUUUUCGUACUGCAUCACUCGUUUGUUGAUGUAUUUUUGGCGAUGGCCGUAGCAUUGACGUAAAAAAAAUUUGUGGCAGUCCUUUCUUGUAUAUAUGUAAGCCGAUUAAUAAAGUGUCCAAAUUACUGUUUAA